GUCGAAUUUAUCUGUUAUAUUAGCUAUGUAGUUGUUAAGGCGAUACCGUGGAAACACUAGCUAAGUGGUCAAUAAUGGAUAAUCUGAUUUCAUAUCACCGCGCAGUGCUGCGCAGCUCCACUAACUUAUACAGGCGUGCGACGUGCGUGAUGGACACAAUCGCAUCCUUUUCUCCGACCCUCGGAUUAAAUAUAAGUCCUUGUUCUAACCCAAAUCUCAACCUCUUUCGUCCCCCAGCUGUCGACACCUGCUCGCUGACCCGUCAGCGUCCAGACUCUUCCGAAACAUGGCUCUUCUCCCUUUGACUGCGGCACAUCGCAGAUCUGUAAUUAUCGCGUUGGCCACUGUGCUGUGUGUGUGCUAUUUUAUGACUAUUGGUCACGAGGACAGCUACUCGUCUUUCAAAAGUUUGUCCACGCAAUGGACCGUAUCCAAAGACUCCGCAGUUGUUUUGGACGUCAAACAAACGAGCGAGAUUCGGCCACAGAGCAAACCGUCACCCUCUGCUGGCAAUAUAAGUUCAUCUGUCCAUUCCCCUCCACGCAGAGCCAAUGCUACCUUGGUGAUGCUAGCGCGUAACAGCGAUCUCAACGGCGUGAUAUCAAGUGUAGAACAGCUGGAGGCGAGGUUCAAUCGCAAGUUUCAGUAUCCCUGGGUGUUUUUGAAUGACGAACCUUUCUCUGUUGACUUCAAAAAGCGAGUCAGCGUGUUGACCGACGCAGAGAUAUCUUUUGGGUUGAUCCCCCGCGACUCCUGGGUCCAGCCGGACUGGAUAGAUGAAGAUCGAGCUCGGGAGGGACGCAAUAGCCUAGUGCGACAAGGUGUAAUCUAUGGCGGCAGUGUUUCUUACCGCAAUAUGUGCCGGUUCAACUCCGGGUUCUUUUUCCAUCACGAACUCUUAACGCCAUACAAGUGGUACUGGAGAGUAGAACCCGACGUCAGAUACUACUGCGAUCUAGAUUACGACCCCUUUCUAUUUAUGGAAGAUCACGACAAGGUUUAUGGCUUCACGAUUUCAAUGCCAGAAUGGGAACCAACUAUACCCUCGCUGUGGUCCACGGUGAAAGACUUCGUCGCGAAACACCCUCAAUACGUGGCACGAGAUAACUCAAUGGAUUUUAUAUCUGACAACGCGGGCGAUACUUACAACAUGUGCCACUUUUGGUCAAACUUCGAAAUUGCAGAUAUGGAUUUCUGGAGGGGCGAGGCUUACACAAAGUUUUUUGAAUAUCUCGAGGCCACAGGAGGGUUUUACUAUGAGAGAUGGGGGGAUGCACCUGUUCAUAGCAUCGCUGCAGCAUUAUUUGCACGCAAGGAUCAAAUACAUUUCUUCAAGGAUAUAGGUUAUAAACACGCCGAAUUCGCUCAUUGUCCUCAGGGCAAACAAUGGCGGGAAGGACACUGCUCAUGCGAUCCAAACGAUAACUUCGAUUUUGCGCAAAAUUCGUGUCUGAGGCACUUCAUGCGGUUGGAGGAUUAGAUCUUCGGUUGAUUGAAAGUAGACGUUACGACUUCAUACGUGUAUUUCUACUAUGGGCUACCGUAGACUAAUGUGCAGGAUAAACUAUCUAAGAGUAUCUAAGUCCCUUGACCUAUUAAUGUGUAUUUUUAUGACUACCUAUAUUGAUCAGGCCUCAGGCACGGCCAACGGCCAGCGGACAUGACUAUGUGAACGAACCACGUGGAUUGCAAUGAAG